AUGGCCGCGAGCUCUUCGAGCAUCAGCGAGCGAGUGAGCGAGAGCGCGCCCGGGACCGUGAGCGCGGCUGUGCGCGAGCACCUGCGGCAGCUGUGUCUGCGCGAGUUCCCGUGCGGCACCGGCAGCUGGAAUAAGUCAAGAUUUCUUCCUCAAACAUGGCGAACCUGGAAGGAGCUAGUCCCUAGGGAAGAGGAGACAGUGAGCCCUGGGGAGGAGACUGUAGAGGACCUGCUGGACCUGGUGCGCAGUCCCCACUCACCAUGGGGUCUGCUGAAGGACUCCAGUUCCGAGGACCGUUUUCUGAGAGAACUGGCCAUCCAAAAUCCACUGAUGCUCAAAGACACCUUCUUUUACUCCUACUUCCGGUCCCUGAGGGUGGUAGACAAGAAGGUAAGCAUAGUGGAUAAAGAGCUCCUGAAAUUUCUAAAGCUUGAGGAGUUGAUCCUGAGUGCCAAUCAAAUCAAGGAAGUUGAUGCAGCUAAUUUACCUCCAACACUCAAGGUGCUGGAGCUCUAUGGCAACCUGAUCACCAGCAUGGAGUGUCUGUGUGCACACCCGCCCCCGAGGCUGCAGCACUUGGGACUUGGCCACAACAAACUGCUGGGCCCCCUUGAGAGUCUCUACUUCACCUCCCACCACUGGCCCAACCUUGUCUCCCUGGAUCUGGGCUUCAACGACCUGACGGACCUACAGGGCAUGAUGGCCAGCCUCAGCACACUCCAGCACCUGCGGCUUCUGGUGCUGCAGGGAAACCCGCUGGCACUCGUGCCCUACUACCGCGGCUUCACUGUGGACAGCCUGGUGGGCCUGUCUGUGCUGGACGACGUCACUGUGCCUCCCAGCGAGAAGCACCAGUUCAGGGAGCUCAGCCGUAGUGGUGACCUCCUGCCACGUGAGGCACAGUUUGUGGUGACUAUUGGAAAUGUCAAGGGGGUUAUGGACUCCUCUGUCUUGGACCCGGAGCCAGGCCCUGAAGGCCCCUUUGUCACCUACAGAUAUUACGUGACCUACGACUUUGUGGAAGAUGAGGGAGGUGAAGGGAGUGAGUAUGGCGGUGUGCUGGCUGAGAUUGUCAAGCCCUCCCCCAGCUCGGAACUGCCAGGUGAGGAAAUUGAUGAACAGUCUUCUGAGGAGGCCAUGAAGGAGGUCACCGAAGAGGUGGACGAGGAGUUUCCUGAAGAGUUGGGUGAGGAGUCCCUGGAGUCAGGAAUAACUGAGCUGGGAGAGGAGUCGGACUUGUCGCUCAUCUCAGGGCACUCAGCACCCCUGACACAAUCCAUAAGUUCUGCAGAAGAGCUGGCAAAACUGCGGCCACGAAUAGAUCCCCGGCUCUGCCCAUCCCCAGGGACAGUCCUCUUUAGCACCGUCCCCAAGCCGUGGGCUGAGGUCAUUCCCUGCGACUAUGAGAUGCAGCACACCCUCAGGGACCUGGUGCCGGUCAAGGCCUUCCUGCUGGCGGGGACCACAGUGACCAUUGUGGAGGAGAAGGUUCUCUCAUGGCCUUUGUUGCCACCUGUUGAAAGUCCCUUGCAUGCCAAGAAAGGAAAAGGAGAGAGUGACAAGGCGAAGAAGGAGAAAGGAAAGAAAGGGAAAGUGGAGGUCCCUAAGGACACGAAGGCGCCCAAGAAGAAGAGAGAGCCCCCCAAGGAUCUCCGGCAUGACCCACCUAUCCUGCAGGUGGUGGGCCAUGGGACCGUGAUGCUAGAGCCCUUGCUGGUGGGGGAGCCGGUGGUGUCCACUGUGUGCAACUUUGGUGUGGUCCGCACCCCAGAAUACGAGAAGCUGAUACUUGCCAGGGAUUCAAAGAAGACGAAGAGAGCUGCCAAAAAAAGUAAGACGAAGCUGACGGCCCCGGCCUACGAAGGCGUGCGCCCGCCGGAGCCGCUGACGGUGGAGAUCCAGAUCCGGCUGAGCCAGUGCCGCAGCGCGGAGGAGGCGCUCGGCAUGCUGGCUGUGUAG